AUGAACUCAGCUUCUAACAAUUAAUUGCUUCAAAAACUACAAAAUUUGUAUUCCGCCAAAUAGAAACCUAGUCAACACUCUCAUUCUCCAACUAAAACUAAUUCCUCAAAAUAAAUUAACUAGUUACUCCAAAAGUCAACACCACUACCCUACCUUCAAAUCAAAUAAUAAGAUAUAGAAUAAUGGACUGAUCGUAUUAACACUUAAAUUGAUAAACAUAAAUCAUUCUCAUAGAAUGAUAAUACUAUUAACUUUUAUCUUUAAAAACCUCUUCCUUCAAACCCUCUUUUUUAGUAAUCCUUCAUAACAUCACUUAUUGAUAUUCAAAAAAAACUCAAAUUACUUAAAUAUGCUAAAGAAAAUGAUCAGAAUACUUUUGUUUCAAUUAUUACUAAAAUCAAACUCUUUUGUCUUGAUAAUUCCGCUAUCUGCUUUGAUUUUUAUAGAUGCAAUGAUCUAAUUCUACUUAAAUAUAUGAUUUAUCUCUUGAUCUUUCAAUUCAAUCAAGAUAUCUAAAAAAAUUAAAAAGAAUCCAAUUCAGAGUAGACUUUACAACUUUAAAAUAUGGUUAAAGAUAUUAUUACCAUAAUCUAUGAAAUUAUUGAAGAAAUUAAAUCGAAAUAACAUAAUAUUUCUCAUAUUGAUACACUAAAUCAUUAAUUAACCUAAAUUUAAAAUAAAUUUAAGCCUGCUAAUGCUUGUUCGUUAAAAACUAUUAAUAAAUCUUCUCAUCAAAGAUAUAAUAGUUUUAAUUUAGAAAAAAAUAAAUCUGCAGUCUAUCAAAGCAAAUAUGCUGCUGAUAUCAAUUUAAGUACUAAUCAACUCAAUAGUAAUCCAUAAUUUAAUAAUGGAUAAUAAAAAAUUAUUUAAAAUUAAAAUGAUGAAUUAGAGUAGAAUUCUAAGCUCAUCAUUUCAUUAAAUAACUAAAUUUAAAAAUUAUAAAAAAAUUAUAAAAAACAAAUUUUUUCAAUUUCAGAGUUAAAUGAUUUAAAUUAAUCCCUUAAAUAAUAAUUGCAAUCAAAAAUUGAAGAAGUAUGUAAUUUUAUUUAAAUUUCAAGCUCGAACAUUUAAAAAAUUCAUUUGAACUCUUAAAAUCAAAUAAUAAACUUUAUUUGGAAUAAAAAGAGCAAUAUUUUAAUCUAUAUCAUGAUUUAGAACUAGAAAAUCGUAAACUCAAAUAAAAUCUUUAAAAAUAUCAAGUAAAUAAUCUUUAUACAUAAUUAUAAGGUUGAUUAUGAUUAAAUUAAAACUGAGUUUGAGAAGUAUUAAACUGAAACUUAUUUUAAUUAUCAAAAAUAAUUGAAUUAAAUCCAAUAAACCAAAGAUAACGAGAUUAAAUCUAUCAAAGUUGAGUUAAAUGAAAAAUGCUCAAUUAUAGUAAUAAUAUUCUUAAAACUUAAUAGACACAAUUAUUAGGGGAUGUAUUAUUUUUUGGAAAAUAAUACAAAAAUAUUGUUGAUAAAAUAAUUAAUAUUCAAAAGAAGGAUUUAGAAUGGAAGAUAUUAGAAUUAUAAAAGGAAUUAUUUGUUUCUGAAAAUACUCUGAAUGCUAAGUUAAAUGCGAUUUCUAGUUAUUCAAAUAAUAUCAUAUAUAAUUAGGGUCAAGAGUAUCUUAAAUAGAAUCAAUUAUCUAAUUUGUUAGGAAAUUAAACGAUAUCAUAUUAGAGUGAUCAUCAAAAAAAUACGAAAUAAAGCAGAGUCUUAGAUUUAUUAAGUGAUUCGAAAAAUUCAUUUGAAUUGAUGCAUAUGCUUUUAAUUUAAAGUUAAGUACUUGAGGAAUUUUUAUCAUGA